AUGGUAUAUUGUGGGAAACCAAGCCGGGGAUGUGAAAACUGUCGCUGUCUGCUCAGGAGAUUACACACCAAGUGCGAUCAGCGACAGCCCUCUUGCUCACGAUGCGUACGGAUGGGAAGGACGUGUGUUGGGUAUAGAGAUCAAUCAGCUCUGAUCUUCCGUGACGAGACUGCGAGGACCCAAAUCAAGGCUCGCCGAAGGCAUGCUGGGCGGGCCGCGAGUUUUCCCCAACACCUGGCUCCCCCACCAUCGUCUCUUCUUUCUCUACAAAGCCAGGAUAUUGCCAUUUGCCACUUCUAUACCACCACGUUGAGCAAUCUUUCAGAAAAGGACCCCACACGGCAGCUUCAAAUGUACCUACCGAACCUAUACACCAAAAGCAGGAUAGGGUCUGCUCUACGCUUGGCAACUGAGUCAGUUUCACACGUCCUGCUUCCGAAUUUGGUACCAGACUCCAGGAGAACAGCAAGACAAAGAUAUGAUGCGGCCCUCAUUGCAAUUCAACGCGCCAUCCAGGAUCCUAUCCAAGCAAAAACGGAUGAGACAUUGUACGCAGUCCUCCUCCUCUGUGGCUACGAGCUUGGGACACUCAUGUCAGCGGAGGAGCUGCUCUGGUACAAUAUCGAGGGUCAAAUAUGCUCCAGUCACAGCUGGCCCAAGGCCUGUUUUGCUUUGUUCGCAAAAGCAUUCUUGCUAAACUUUGCUCUAGGUUCUGAGCCACAUGCAAGCUUGCUCCCCAGUCCACGAGGUUUUCACCAAACCCAGCGCAUUUCAGGACCCAGAGAAUCAGCUGUUCACCAUAGCAUCCAAGAUACCUGCACUACAGAGCCAUGGCCUCGAUUUCUCAAUCGGCUGGAAGGUGCCGAUAAGUCUCACGCCGAGAAGUUGGCUAAGAGCGUCGAGGCUAUCGACGAGGAGCUCUCAAAUUGGGCAGACAGCCUUCCAAACUCCUGGUCAUAUACCCAAGCAACUGAAAUCAAACACUCACCACAUUUGCGGGACUUUUCUCCCAAGCAUAUUCAUCGAUAUUCAGAUUUCUACGUGGCUCGUGUUUGGAAUUUCUAUCGCGUUUCGCGCCUCAUUUUGAUAACGCUACUAUGUCGAGCAACAACCUCAUCACGAGCAAGCCGCCACGACAGUCAGCACAUGGCCGCCAGAAACGCAGAAAGAGAAAGCCAAAUACAAGACAUGGUGGAUGAUAUUUGUGCCAGUGUUCCAUUCCUUUUAGGGCAUGAUCUGUCGAGAAUGACUGUACCGGCGGGUGUGGGAAAGUGUCAGCAGCGAGGCCAUGAAUGGUAUGGCCCCCCAGAAUGGUAUGGCCCCCCUGCCAAUUGGGGAGAUGGAAAACAAGCCAAACAAUUUCCGACUGGAAGCUUCUCCCUUAUCUGGCCCUUGUAUGUGGCAUCUGGCGCAGCCACGAUUCCAGAAAAUCAACGACGAUGGAUCAGAUGGCAACUCCAGGGCAUUGCUGCUAGCGGAGAUUCACAAGCACGGCUGGCUCUGAGCACACCGAGCCGUACUCUCCUCGGUGGUCCUGAGUCGCUUCGGUUUGAUUGCGUGUAG